UAUUAUAUAUAUACAUACAUAUAUAUGUACCAUUGAAGAUCUAACAUGGAAUCUUAAAGAAACGCAGAGUUAUUGCCUCUGCCUCUUGGAACUCUAAACUGACACACACACUUAAUAGUAUUAUAGUGAAAGAUAGCCAACAAAGAAAGCUAACCCCUUUUUUCAUUGGGCUCAAUAGUAAGCCAACACAGAUGCCGUUGAAUCUAUUUCAUGACAGAGAUGGAUUGCCAAGGAUUAUAUUGACUGAGCCAAAAGGUUCAUCAGCUGAGGUGCUUCUGUAUGGAGGGCAGAUUGUUUCAUGGAAGAAUCACAGGAAGGAAGAACUUCUGUUCAUGAGCAGUAAGGCUAACUGGAAACAGCAUAAAGCAAUCAGGGGAGGAAUAUCAGCUUGCUUUGCAAGGUUUGGUGAUCUUGGUUCACUUGAACAACAUGGAUUUGCAAGAAACAGGAUGUGGUCAUUGGAUAGGGAUCCUUCACCUCUUCCUCCUCCCUUAGACAAUCACUCAUCUGUGGAUCUAAUAUUGAAGUCAACAAAAGUUGAUUUAAAGACACCCCACAGUUUUGAGUUUCGGCUUCGCAUCUCUCUCAGUGCUGACAAGCUAAUUCUGAUUCCACGAGUUAGAAACACAGAUAACAAAGCCUUUUCUUUCUCCUUUGCACUACGCAACUAUUUAUCUGGAUCAGAUAUAAGUGAAGUGCGUAUUGAGGGAUUGGAGACACUUGAUUACUUUGACAAUCUGAUGAAGAGAUCACGGUUCACAGAACAGGCAGAUGCACUUACAUUUGAUGGUGAGAUUGAUAGAGUUUACUUGCACAGUCCAAAUAAAAUUGCCAUCAUAGAUCAUGAGAAGAAAAGAACUUUUGUACUCCAGAAGAAAGGAAUGCCAGAUGCAGUGGUGUGGAAUCCCUGGGCUAAGAAGGCCAAGGCAAACCCUGAUUUGGGAGAUGAUGAUUACAAGAUCAUGAUAUGUGUGAGUUCUGCAGCUAUUGAAACCCCUCUUUUCUUGAAGCCCUCAGAAGAAUGGAUGGGAUAUCAGGAACUCUCUACUGUUUCAUCAAGCUAUUGCAGUGGACAAUUGGAUCCUCGCAAGGUUCUUUAUGGCUUUCAUUGACUUUGUCGAUGCACUCAUCAUGGAUAUUAUCUUGAGCAAUGACAAGACUGCAUAGAUACAACUUUUUUGUUGAAAAUCCUUGUCAAGACAAUCUACUGCUAGAUGCAUUUCAAUGUAGGCCAUUACCAUGAUCAACCUUCCUGACUUUCUCGGUCAUCACUGAACUUUAUGAAAAAGGAAGAUGGAACUUUUGUUUGGAGAAUCUAUAAAUUUUAAUGCCCAGUGAUUAUGAACAUAUUGUUGUAUUGUAUUACUUCAUCUCUCCAUGUAUACACUGAUAAGAUCUAGUAGUUCGGAGGCAAACGUAUUCUAAAAUAUGAUGGAAUUGCUGAUA